AUGUCUCAGAAUCAUCCUCAGACAGCGAAAUUCAAGAUGAUGUUCAACCUCAAGCAGACUGCCGCCGUUCUUCUGGCAUCGGCCUCCAUGGCCCAGGCCGCCGUUCAAGGCUUCGAUAUCUCCAAUUACCAGUCCAGCGUGAACUUCGCGUCGGCCUAUAGCUCUGGUGCUCGCUUUGUCAUGAUCAAGGCCACUGAGGGCACCACAUACACCGAUCCCACCUUCUCCAGCCACUACAUCGGUGCCACCAACGCCGGCCUCAUCCGUGGUGGUUAUCACUUUGCCAUCCCUAGCUCCAGCAGCGGUGCUACCCAGGCUAAGUACUUCAUCUCUCACGGUGGAGGCUGGAGUGCCGACGGCAUUACCCUGCCCGGUAUGCUAGAUAUCGAGUACAACCCCUACGGCGCCACCUGCUACGGCCUGAGCGCCUCGCAGAUGGUUGCCUGGAUCAAGGACUUCGCCAACACGUACAAGGCCAGUGUUGGCCGGUACCCCAUGAUCUACACCACCAAUGAUUGGUGGAACACCUGCACGGGCAACAGCCAGGCUUUCACCGAUUGCCCGCUUGUGCUCGCUCGCUACUCCAGCUCCGCCGGCACCAUCCCUGGUGGAUGGCCGUACCAGUCCUUCUGGCAGAACUCCGACAGCUAUACCUACGGCGGUGACUCUGAUAUCUGGAAUGGCAGCCUAGACAACCUCAAGAAGUUUGCCGCGACUGCAGCGUAG